CCUUUAUAGUGCUCUCAAAGGUAGCUGUUGCAGAUUUGAAAUUUAGGAUCAAUGACGAAUGGCUGCGAGACAACGAUGAGGGGAAGGAGAGAUUGAUAAGCCCAAUGUCAGGAGCAAGGCACGCUGCCCCCGCCUGGGAAGACGGUCGUGCUGACAGGUGAAGGCGUCAGUACAGGUUAGCUGGACUGCCGGUCUGCUGUACUGUGCUGGCUGACAGAGAGAAGGGGACGUCGUGGGGAGCCAGCUCCUGUCCUGUAGUUACUUCUUGAGGUGUAGGUAGAUUUGUACUUUUCAGUGCUCGUACGUGGCCCGACCGCUGUGCUCCUCAAUUACGCUUUCUCAGUACAAGACGUGUGCUGGGUGAUAACAGAGACAGCUGCCAUCCUGUUGUUUUCUCUUCAAGAGGGUUAUCUCCACGCACAAUCUGCUGCCGCAACAAAAUUUACGACAUCAAACAUUUUGAUGGUAGCGUUUUUCACAGCUGGAGAAGGUUUUUUAUCUUACGUCUGGAUCUUCCUGUUCUCGGCACGGGCCACACGUCGUGAUUUACUAGUCUAUGGGUCAUCAACAGAGCUGCUGUCUCAAGACAGGUGAUCUAUGGCCUCUUAAGAUAAAAGGCAAAUCUGGGACUGCUUGAAAUCCUCUUGCCGGAUGUUGGCCACGGGCCAUGUCAUAUGCUUUGGUUAGCUCCCAUUGAUAAGCAGGACACAGUUUGCUUACAUCCUGAUUCUGUAAAAAUGAGCGGAGAGAUUGUGCUGGUGUGGACGGCCCUCUUGUUGAUCCAGACGGCUGGGGCCACGGUGUCCGACGGCGAGCAGGGCAACAGGAGCAGCAUCAGUCCCGAUGUUGACAUCGUGGACAGAUUCUUGCAGUACGUCGAAGACGUCGAACGAAACAAAGACAACUGUUCUGCGGGGACCUCGCUGAAUCUGGGGGAAGGCGUUGUGCUCGACUAUGGCAGGAAACGCUUCCGUCCCCAGGCCAUGGUGGCGGUUAACCGCGCUAACUUCCUCACCCGGCUCUGGAAGGACAACAUGCCCAACAUUGUGGACUCCGAAAGCUUCUUCUUCGAGGCGGUAAGAUCGAUGGUGGAGGCGGACGGAGCCUUGUUUGGUGCCGGGAACUGUUACGCGGAGUGGGAGUUCCGGGAUCAUCGACUCUUCUGUCCGUACGCCUACAGAACGGAGGACGGCAGGAUCAACGUGAAGGAUCUGUCCGUGGAGUAUGAUUACACGGGAGAGGAGUCAGAAUGGUUUUACGAGGUCAGGAAGAACGCCAUGGAGAGGAGCAGGGGAAACGUUACCAUAGGUCUGUUCACACAGAGAUACAACACCACAGCUCAUGCGGAGCCGGUAGAAGAUUCGUCCCUGCUGGUCAGCUACGAGGACGGCCAUUGGAGCCUGCCGUACUUCGACUGCGGAGGCGGUAACAUAUGGAUGAUGACCUUCACUGUGCCCGUCUUUGGAUACAGAAACGACAGUUACUACUUCAAGGCCACGAGUGGAAUCGACAUUGACCUGCGACAGGUAGAUGUUAACCAGUGUGCCGAUAUGUCUGGAGAAGAGAGGAACGUUUUUGCUAAUUCACACAAGUGCAAGCGAGAUACUACAAAGUGUGUACCUAUCUCAGGGCUCGGCUUCAGGGUGGGGUCCUACCGCUGUGAGUGUAAGAAAGGCUUCUACUUUCCGGACACGACCUCUUCAACACCCUAUUACAACGGAACGGACGUCGAGCAGCACUACAAGAGCAAGAAAAGCGGCGUCACGAAUGACUACGAUAAGUCCUUCUCAUGUCUGCGAUGUAGCCCUGGUUGUGACGAAUGCCUGGAUGACCGCCCAUGUAUCCUGGAGUGGGACUGGACACUGCGUACCGGCGUGUUGGGUGCACAGGUGCUGAUAGUCAGCCUCAUCAUCCCCGUACUGCUCACGUUCACGUUCAAAUACGCCGACGUCAAGGUAUUGAAGGCUGCGAGUCCGGUACUACUGCGGCUCGUGCUCCUGGGAGCUCUCCUUCUCUACUGCCCGGUUCUGGUGGCUUACUCUCCGCCCACUGUCAUCACCUGCACACUCAAGUCGUGGUUCCGGGAGGUGGGCUUUGCCGUGGCUUACGGUGCUCUGCUGCUGAAAACAUGGAGAAUCUCGGUGGUGUUCCGUGUGAAGUCGGCCGCACCAGUCCGCAUCACGGACCAGGACCUGAUGAAGUACCUGCUCGGCAUCGUCAUGAUCUUCGCGGCCCACGCAGCCGUGCGCACCAUCGUGGACCCCCCGCGGGUGGUCAUCAACAGGGCCCGGGAGGAGCUCAAAACCGCCCAGUGUUCGUCCGACUGGUGGGAUCACUCCGCUGCCAUUGGCGAACUCCUGCUCUUGGUCUGGGGAAUCCGUCUGUGCUGGGUGGUGCGCAAGGCCCCGUCAGAGUUCAAUGAAAGCAAGUUUAUCACCUGGGCCAUCUACAACGAGACACUUCUAUCUGUCUUCCUCAACAUUGCCAUGAUCUUCCUCCAGGACCCAGCCGACCCUGACGUACAGUAUGUCCUGCUGUUCGCUCAUAGUCAACUCACGGCCACCAUGAUGCUCGGGCUGCUCUUUGGUAGUAAGGUAUACAUGAUCUACAAGUGCAAGCGCAAUAAGGAUCUGACACAGACAGGGACCACAACGACAUCACAGACCAAGAGCACACCGGCCAGUUCCACAUCGGGAAAGUUCCUACUGACGAAGAAACCCGGGCAGCAGCUGCAGACACCGAUAGAGGACUGGAUCCUGGCGGACAGUCAGAUUCCACAGAAUACUGGACUCAGCCCGGUAGCAGCUGAUAACGGACCGGUUACCAUUGAGGUAAAGCAUGGCCUUAGAUAG